CUUCUAACAGUAAAAUUACCGUAGCGAUCCUCAUCCUCUGUGCAACUUCCCUCCAGACAGUCCCCAAAAUUGGCAAACCAGUAUUUGAUACCAUCGCUCACCGAGCACGCCUCAAGGAGCCAAUCCGCACAUCCGCCCUCAUAAGUGUUAGAGUCCAAACAUGUUUUCUACUACUUGUCAGCUUCCAGUACUUUUUAUAAUUCAGUGACCAUUAUCGAAAAGACAAACAUACCGUACACCCCGGCAAGCCAGGCGUAUGAUCCGGAUAAGGACAAACCCAUUUAUCAUCUCCGCUUACCACUGACGCCAAAACACCAACACUCAAACUCCACAUCAACAUUCUCAAAGCCAUAGAUGGUAUAAGUCGCGCAAAAUAACUCAUAGAAGGAAAGCAAAAAGCCUGGAAAUGUAUUCCUCGUUAUCCCCCCCGUCCGUUCAGACUCUCUUCCCGUCCCUAUAUACUUCCACGUUUCCUUCCAUUCUCUUCCCCACACAUAAAUAUGCCACACAUAUAUUCAUCGCACAAACAUACCACAUAUGCAACUAUCCAGACAUUUUCAACCCCAUGAUUAUCCGUUCUAUAGUUUCCUUCCAGCAAGAGGCACUCACCAAUAUGAAGAAGCCCCACAGAAAACGGGCAACACGCGACCGCUUGACACGUCGCACGCGCCCUGCAUUGAUCCGAUCCGCGUGUAGCCAAUAAACUGCUUGUAUUACCUGCCUUUUUCUUUCUCCUCCUCUGAGCUUCUGAGGGGGUCGUAUAUCGGGGGCGAAGGGGAGGGGAUAUUAAUCUAGAUGUACAUGUCGGAUUACUUCUACGGAUGCGGAACAAGAUAUAUAAUGAUGUGCAGCAAGAGAGCAUAUUUCCCCCAAAAGAACUUAUUCAUCACAAUUCUUUUUUUCCUUCUUCUCUGUCUUGGGCAAGAAGUCGCUAUCAUAGAAUGGGCGAUCAGUAUCUCCGUCAUCUCCUUCACGUUCGAGCUUCCUUUCGAUUCGCUUCCACAACAAAGAGAUAAACGAACUCCCCCCUUGCCGGACCCCAGGCAAAUCAGACCACAGCCCGACUGAACCAAAAUCCGUUGCCGUGCUCAGCAUUUCCCGUAUUCGUUCACACACGCCAUGUGGACAUGGCGCAGUAGUCUACCCGCUGCAGGGGGGAACAGCUCGUCUAGCACGGCGCUAACCCGCAUCUAGUCAACGCUCAACCUCUUCAUGCGAUGAUUACCAAGGGGGCGCGACGUCACUUUGACCCGGUGAAGAACCAAUGUUUCGAUUGUUUUUGGUUCUGGCAUUCUCACGGGGAUGGAACACUUUGUUUCUGGAGUUCGUCUGUGCGCGGUGAAGCGGCAGGAUGUGGGUGCAAUAUGCGCGUCGCUGUUGAAGCGAAAGAGAAGGGGGAUAGGCAUUCGCUCUGGUGAGCAAGCGCAGCCGUUGGGCGUAGACGUUUUCUGUCGUUACGUUUCGCUUUUCAUAGCGGAUCGUGCUCACGUAUUCGGGUCUGAGCAGGGGUUUGGCUUAGUGUGAAGCGUAAUCUGCUGCACUGUCGGUAGGCUUUCGUUGAAACACGAUGGAUUAGGCAUGCGCUGGAGCACAGUGCAAGGGGAGCAAGGAAGUACGAUGGAUGGUUUGCCCUGUAGCAGGGCCAAGAAGGAUGCGUGUGCGUUUCAUUGUACGGUGUUGGGAUUGAUUGCAAUUUGCUUGACAAGCGAAGCACUCGCUGCUUUGGGACAAUGCUGGACCACAGUUUUCUACAUCUGCGAGUGUUCUUACUUGUUCAGGCAUGUUUCAGUGACUAUCUUUGAUGUGGCGGGUGGGUACGUACGAUAACUCUGCGCUUUGCAUGCCCAGCUUGAGUGGAUCAGGUUGUCCUGUAUUGGCUGAUAUUGUGGUCUGUUGAGAAAAAAACGUGGAGAAUGAAGCGGAGCCAGUGUCUUAUUGAAGUUGAACAGCUGGCACACGACUAAAAUGGUAGUUUGGCGGUAUCCUUUGAGAAGUCUAUGGGAGAUACGCUUGGGGUCUUCUUCACAUCUUCAUGCUGCACUGCAAUUCGUACGAGACUCUUACAUCAAGAACAUAUUCUUACGAGUCUAGGCAUAAUAAACAAUGCCGAGGAAGCGGCAUGCUACGCAAAUAGCAGAGAGCAUGCCCAACCACGGCUCACAACAAAUGGAUACAUGGUAUGCAUGCUGGUCAUCAAGAUACCCGCAUCAUCACACUGGGGUCCUGAUCCAAGCGCUCAGGGUCUUUGUCUAGGCAGAAAGCUAAGAUGCAUUAGGAAAGCGCUGCUCUCCAGGUAUCAACGAUGUCGCUCAUAAUUUCUCUAAGGGGUAUGUUCAGUCUUUUCGUAUUCUGGUCAAAUAAACCGUUCUUCCACACCUCUCUCUGACCAAGGUUACCCCAAUGCCUGCAGUAGUAUCCCACUGGUGUGUUUCAUUAAGAUAUAAGCUCAUCUUCCCAUCAAAAGAGUUAUUAGUCUUGUGGCGUGGGGACAACGAGUUAUGAUUUUCAGGGCGGUCCC